AGCACAUAUUUAUCUGUCAUAAAGUUAAGACAUUUUAUUGAUCAAAUGUAUUCUUUAUUAUGUCAGAAGACAUGAAGCUUUGGAGUUUUAAAGGCUUUUUCAAUUUAUGAACUUCACUUGUAACUGAGAAAACAUAAAGGUAAAAGUUCAAACAUGUUGCAAUGAGGAGCAGCUGGAAGUUGAAACCUAUUCAGGAAGAGCGACUAUGCUAACAGUGAAGAGUUAUGUAAUUUGAAAAGCAGAGCGCCGAUCAGCUCUCCAGUACAAACAGGAAACUCCAGGAAGGAAAGGCAGACCAAGUCCAGUUGCAGCAUGUCUCUCGAUUUCAGCAAGAUGGAUGUGUCUUCCCGGCCAAAGCUGUUUGAUUUCCAUGGAGUCGCAAUGAUUCCUAUUUUCACAGCAAACUGGGAAAAUGUCCAAAAUUUUCAGGCCAGACCAGAUGAUAUACUAAUAGCAACAUAUCCAAAAGCAGGGACCACAUGGGUCUCUCAAAUCCUUGACUUGCUGUAUUUUGGCAAGACGUCUCCGGAGCGUCUGACUUCACUCCCCAUCUAUGAGAGAGUGCCUUUUUUGGAGAUGUCCAUCCCAAACUUGUUGUCAGGAAAAGACCAGGCAGAUAAGCUUCCUACCACCCCUCGACUCAUCAAAACCCAUUUUCCUGUUCAAUUUGUACCAAAGUCAUUCUGGGAGCAGAACUGCCGGAUGAUCUAUGUAGCCCGCAAUGCAAAAGACAACAUGGUGUCUUAUUACCACUUCGACUGCAUGAACAAUGUCCAACCUGCAGCUGGAGACUGGAACAGCUUUUUCCAGAGAUUCAUGGAGGGAGACAUGGUGUUUGGCUCCUGGUAUGACCAUGUGACCAACUGGUGGAAGAAGACACAAACCCAUUCAAACAUCCACUACAUGUUCUACGAAGAUAUGAUUGAGGACACUGGACGGGAAAUAGAGAAACUCUGCUCCUUUAUCGGAUUGACUCCCUCUGCUGAGGAGAAGGAAAUGAUCAGAACUGGAGUGCAGUUUGACAACAUGAAAAAGAACAAGAUGGCCAACUACUCCACACUGCCAGUCAUGGAUUUCAAGGUGUCUCCCUUCAUGAGAAAAGGAAAAGUUGGUGACUGGAAGAAUUACUUCACUGUGGCACAGAACGAAGAGUUUGAUGCAGACUACAAGAGAAAGAUGAAGGACCCUGCCCUGCAUUUCCGCUGUGAACUCUGACAAAAAUAGAUGACAAACACAACUGCAAUGAA